AUGUACUUUUUCCUUAGCAACUUGUCACUCUUAGAUGUUGAUUGCUCCUCUGUGAUUGCCCCCAAGGCGAUGCUCAGUUCCCUAGCGAAGAGUAAAGACAUUUCUUUCUCUGGGUGUGUGGUUCAGUUUUUCCUCUUCUUAUUCUGUGCCAGCAAUGAGUUUUGCCUCCUGGCUGUGAUGGCCUACGAUCGCUUUGUGGCCAUCUGCAACCCACUGCUUUAUUAUGUCAUCCUGUCCAAGAGAGUCUGCUUCCAGCUGGUGGCUGGCUCUUCCCUAAGCGCCUGUGUCAAUGCCACUGUGCAUACGUGUACUGUAUUCAGUCUGUCCUUCGGCUACUCCAAUGUCCUCGAUCAUUUCUUCUGCAAUAUUCGUCCACUCCAAGAAAUCUCCUGCUCUUACUUUCGCAUCAAUAAGCUAGUGUGUUUCAUCUUUUCAACCAUAGAAACAAUAGGCACCAUUUUCACCAUUCUCAUAUCCUACAUUUACAUCAUCUUUUCCAUCCUGAGGAUCCGCUCCAUGACGGGAAGGCACAAAGCCUUCUCCAUCUGCGCCUCCCACCUGACUGUCGUUUCCAUCUUAUGAGACCUGAUCUUUUCAUAUUUAUGACCCUCAUCUGGCAUCUCAGUGGACUGGGAGAAAAUGGUGUCCGUGUUCGAUACCCUUGUGAUCCCUAUGCUGAACCCCCUGAUCUACAGCCUGAGGAACAAGGAGGUGAAGGAUGCUCUGAGGAGGACAAUACACCAUAAAAUUAUUCCUCGCUGUAUGUAA